AUGGCCUUUCUUUGCCUUUUCUGGGGUGCACUGUUUCGUCAAAAUGCAAACGUGGGGGGUCUGAACAUCUCCGUUGUAGACUUCGAUGGCCAGCCACCGUUUACCGGGGUCGCACCCUUCGUGGGUCCGUUUGUCACUCGCACUGUUCGCAGCAUUAUGGAGGAAGAUGGCGUGGUGCCUGGCUACACCUUUGCGUCUCCCAAAGACUUCAGCAACGACUCGCUGAACGUACGCAACAAAGUUUACGACUUCCAUGCCUGGGCGGCCGUCAUCAUCAAUUCCAACGCCACAGCAAUGCUCGAUGCCGCAGUGAAACUGGGGAACGCGAGCUACGAUCCCUUGGGUGCCUGCCAGAUCAUCUAUAAUUCGGCGCGCGAUCAAAUUACCACCUCGACUUACAUUGUACCAAGUAUUAACACCCUCCAGAAGCGCGUAGUCACCGAAUUUGGCCGCGCGUGGAUCGCACAUCUUCUCCAGAACAACGUUUCAGUUACGGACAUGCGCCUAGACAUCGCACCCCAAGCUCUCUCUCCCGGCAUUGAGUUCACCGUCAACGACUUACGCCCCUUUGGACCGCCUAUUGCUACACCCGCGGUUAGCAUUGGCCUUAUAUACCUGAUCAUCAUCUCCUUCUUUAGCUUUACGUUCUUCCUACCUAUCCAUCUGAAGUACCUCUCGCCCAAAGGUCAUCCACCGCUGCACUUCUAUCAGCUUAUCGUGUGGCGCUACAUCGCGACGGUCGCAUCUUACUUCUUUCUCUCUCUCGUCUACUCCUUUGUCAGCCUCGCCUACCUUAUGCCCAUGGACCGUCCUACUGCCUCCCACAAUCAGCCCGCCGGUAACCCUAACGCGUAUGGCAGAGGUACCUUCUUGGUAUACUGGAUGGGCAAUUGGAUUGGAAUGAUUGCUUUUGGCCUUGCGAGCGAGAAUAUGGCCAUGCUGCUGGGCUCCCCUUGGACGGCGUUGUGGCUCAUUUUCUGGGUCAUCAGCAAUGUCGCCACUGGGUUUUAUGCCCUCGAGCUUGCACCGAGCUUUUAUCGCUGGGGCUAUGGUUGGCCGAUGCACAAUAUCGUCGAGCUCACACGGUCAAUCCUGUUCGAUCUGCAUCCACGAGUUGGCUUGAACUUUGGAAUCUCAUCUGCCUGGGCUGUGGUAGACUCAAUCUUCUUCCCGCUUUGCUGUUAUUAUAUGAAGUGGAACACUGCGCGGGUUCGCAAAAAUGCAGCCAAGGCCGAGGCGCAUUGGCAUGCCAAGAUGGACAAAGAGAGAGAAGACCCCAGCCUGUUAGCAAGGGUCACUACGCUCAAGGAUAAAUAG